UUUGUGUGUAUGUUUGAGUGAAUGAGUUGUUAUUGGAUUGAUGAUUAUUCAAUCGACAGAUUCACAGCUUUUAAAUUUUGUUAUAUAAAAUAAAAUUAUUCAAUCAUGGCCGAAUGGGAUUUGACACCAGUGCUUGCCCAAUAUUUGGAUCCACAUUUUGUUUAUGGUUUGCUUGAAUUUUUGGGAAGUCAAGACAUUUAUGAUCCAGAAGAAAUAUUUCAACAUAAGGUGAAAAUUUUGUCGAAAAUUCAGCUCAUCGAUGCAUUGAUUGCAUUGUAUGAAAAACAUGAACGACCGGUACCAGAAGAAUUGAAUAAUAAACUGGAAGAAUCGAACGAAUUGCGUAAAAAAUUUAUUGAAGAUUUGAGUGAUGUAUUAGAAACUUUAGCUAGUUUGAAUGAUCUGGAUGAAAAACAAUUGCAAGAAAGUAUACAAGAGAUUCGUAAAAAAUAUCCCAGAGAAACAAUCGACAAGCUAUAUGAAUUUGCCAAAUAUUCAUUCACUCGCGGUCAAUACCAGGAAGCAUUGGCUUUUAUUAAAUCGUACCAAUUACUGAUCGGAAAUGAUGAUGCUAAUUAUGAACACACCUUAUGGGGUUCGUUCGUUUCUUCAUUCUUUUCACAAGACAUGAAAGAAGCACAGGAUAUAUUCUUCGCUUUGAAAAAUUACAUCGAAAAUGCCAACUUUUCGCCUAUGCAAGCAUUACAGAAUCGUACAUGGCUUAUUCAUUGGGGUUUAUUCAUAUUUUUCAAUGUUGAACAUGGCCGAGAUUAUCUGGUUGAUUUGUUUCUCGAUGCCAAAAACGCUAAACAAUCGCAAAACAAUGCCUAUCUGAAUGCGAUACAAACAUCAUGCCCGCAUAUACUUCGUUAUUUGACGGCCGCAGUUAUCACACAUCGACAACGACGAAUCUACAUGAAAGAACUGGUUCGUUUGAUACAACAAGAAUCGUACAAUUAUCGAGAUCCAAUCACUGAAUUUGUCGAAUGUUUGUACGUCAAUUUCGAUUUUGAUGGCGCACAACAAAAACUGCGUGAUUGUGAAGUUGUUUUGCGUAUCGAUUUCUUCCUCACAUCUUGUAUUGACGAGUUUAUUGAAAAUGCUAGACUUUUUAUUUUCGAAAUUUUCUGUCAGAUUCACGAAUGUAUUUCGAUUGAAAUGAUCGCUGAUAAAUUAAAUAUGAGCAGUGAUGAAGCUGAACGUUGGAUUGUCAAAUUGAUUCGUGAUGCUCAUUUCGAUGCUCGUAUUGAUUCGAAGCAUGGCCAUGUUAUUAUGGGUACACAAGCAGUAUCACAAUAUCAUCAAUUGAUUGAAAAAACACAACAAAUGCGCUAUCGAACUGAAAUGUUGACGGUUAAUGUUGAAAAGAUUGCCCAUAAAAAGCCAAUUGAUCGAUCUAUAUGGAAUUAGUUUGCUUAAUCCAAAAUUUUUUAAAUAAAAUAAUGAGUAUGUUUUAA